AUGUCAAGUCCACCCUCGGAACCACCACCGCCACCACCGCCAAAAACCCCAUCUGAAUUGUCGUCGCAAAAGCAGCGCAAUUCCGAUAUGUCGCGUGAUGACGAUAUUUACGUACAGCGAUCCGAGCCUCGAAGCCGCACAAUUCGAGAAAUACCAGUGCAACUCACUACAUCAUCGAUUCCUUCUUCAACUACGACACCUAUCGACUAUCGUUCAUCGACAACACCAUUUAGUGAUUAUCACCAAGAAGAGUAUUACCGAAAAGAAAUACGGACCAGAACUUUCGUCACACGUUCUUCCGAAGCUCUUUCUGCCCCACCUCUAUCCCGUUCAUCACCGAUCAUCUUGGAACAUGAACGAUAUCCAUCCGUCGAUAGCAAAUAUUAUCCGAGGGAGGAACGUACUGUUGAUUACAAUUAUAAAUAUUUAAGAAGUUUGGAGGAAGAAGAACGCCGUAUCAAAAAAGAUCAAGAGCAACGGCAACAUGAAGAGGAGGAUCGCAGAAGACGAGCUGAAGAGGAGCGACGGCUAUGGGAAGUAAAGGAACGUGAAUAUUUAGAAAGGAAACGACGCGAACGGGAGAUAAAACAUCGAGAAUUGGAAAGUGAACGCUUGGAACGUGAACGAAUGGAAAAGCAAAGACUGGAUAAAGAGCGAGCAGCACGUGAAAAUGUUGAAUUAGAGCGGAGAGCGGAAUGGGAACGAAUUGAAAGAGCACGACGGGAGCAUGAAGAGCAUGAAUUGCAGAGGUGGCGAGAGCUAGAAAAAAGUCGACUGGAACAGGAAAGGCUCGAGGAGGAGCGACGUGAAAGGGAACGUUUGGAUCGUGAGCGUGCAGAGCGUGAACGUGAGCGAUUAGCACGUGAGCAAGCUGAGAAAGAACGCCUAGAACGUGAACGUUUGGAACGUGAAAGAAUAGAAACUGAGCGGCUAGAAAUUGAACGAAUCGAACGAAUCAAACGUGAGCGUCAGGAACGGGAACGGCAAGAACGAGAAAAGGAAAAAGAAGAACAAGAACGGCUUGAGAGAGAACGCCAGGAGCAGGAACGUAUUACUCGUGAAAAACAGGAGCUCCUGAGAGUGGAAGAAGAACUACUGGAGAUGCAAAGGCGAGAAGCGCAAAUGCGCGAAGCAGAACGAAUUAAAGAAGAAAAUCGGGAGGCUCGUCGGAGAGAAGAAGAAAGAAGAGCAGCUGAAAUCAUAGCUGAAGUGCAGCGGAAAGCAGAAGAACGAGAAAUGCAACGACGACUUAGUGAACGUUUAGAAAAAGAACGUUUGGAGAAUUUACAUCGUGAGCAGGAGCGAUUAGCUAGAGAGAAGCAAGAAGCGGAAAUAAAGGAACUUCAGCGUCAGGAAGAGGAACGACGUGAGAAGGAACUUUUUGAGGCACAAAAACGUGCAGCAGAAAAACGUGAGCAAGAGAGACGGGAGGAUGAGGAACGAGAGCGUCAAAGACAAGACGAGGAACGAAUUGAAGCAGAGAAACGUGAACGUGAAAGACGUGAAGCGAUGCAUCGGGAACAUGAACGUCAAUUAGAAGAAAAAAUGGAACGAGAGAAAUUAGCGGCUAUCAGAAAUGCUGCCCAGGAAAGGCGGGCAGCGCGAUUAGCUGAAAUACAACGAGAUGAACAAAGACAGGCAUUGGAACGUGAGGCUAAUGAAUUACGGGAACGUGAACGUCAGGAAGCCGAGAGAAGGGAGCGUGAACGAUUAGAAGAGGGUCGCCGCUUGAAAGAGUUGCUUGAACAGGAAAAACGUAAUUCAGAAUUGCGUGAACAAGAACGUCAGGAAGCACUGGAACGUGAGGCUCAACGUCGUCUUGAAGAUCGUCGAAGUCGUGAUAAACUGGAUCAAAUAGCGCGUGAAAUAGAAGAAAAAGAAAAAAUGGAAAUAGAAAAACGACAGUUAUUAGCGCAGAUAACCAGUCGUGACCGCCGCAAAGACAUAUUAACAUCUCGGGAAACUUUAGAAAAAUUGACAAAACCACCUUAUUAUUCACGAGAAAAUUUGGCAGCGAUUCCAUAUGGUUCUCGGGAGAACUUAAGUACCGGCGGAAGUGAAGUAACGACGAAAGUGGAGCGACAAGUGAUCGAACGUAUUGAUCGUACCGUCUGGUCCGACGAUCCUAGGUGUAUGCAAAUUAGUAUGUCAAAUGGUUCCGAUUCAAGUAUGCUAGCACGUGAACGUUUGUAUAAUCGACGCCCCGCCGAUGAUGAUGAUUUCAGUCGAUCAUCAAGUCGUCGUACAAGUCGAUAUCGAUCAAAACUUGAGAAGGCGAGGAAAGAAUUUCUUUCAAGUGAUGCUAGCAGUGCACCUGAUGCAGUGAGCGAACGUUUUCGUCAAACAUCGGACGACAUAUUACGAUCACGACCGGAAUAUCAUGGACCGUUGUUUCAAAAAUUGCAAAAGAGUGAAUUUAGUUCGAAACAUGAAUUAAAUCAAUUGCCAUAUGAUAACACUGGUCCCAGUCCAUAUGAUCAGGAAUACAAUCGUUUGUUUGAGCGAGCAGAGCGCUACUGGAUGCCUUACAAACAACGCCUCUCACAACCGAAUCUGUACAGUCGAAAUCGAGGUUACUCGACGUCAUACCUGGAGACAAACCUCGACACUGGAAUUGGUGACAUUGUUUCAGUGCAACGCCAGGUCGAGGAAACUAAUUUGGAUGAUGUCCAUCGUUCUGGUUCCGUGAUGGAUUACAACAGUUUUAGUCGACGUGAUACACCGCAAAGCAUCGUUACACAUGUCCGUUCAAAAAGUGCCGAUUAUUUGAUGGAUCGAAAGAUGCGUGAAGAAUCAGCGCCACCGGAAAAUGAACUUCAGAAAUUCUGCGAAAAAACCCCAAAUAUUUCGGAACACGAAUUACGGUUCCGGAAAUCUACGGAAAAAUUACACGUACCAGAUUGGUAUCGCGAACGACAUAUAGGACAUAGUACUGGUCAUGAGAGAAGAACAAUACCAGGUGGUACUUCCUUUGGUCUUUCAUCACCAGUAUCUUACAGUGGUAUCCGAACGACAACUCAGUACGAAACGUCUGAUAUCCGUUAUACUACUCCCUUUUGCUAUGAACAAGGUCGAUAUAGUGCUCCACCUCAGGUAGUUUCCAUCUCAGGAUCAUCGACAAGCGGUACUGCUACUGUAAUCCCAUACGGCAUGUUCGACAAAUAUAAGGAUGAAAUAGAAGAAAUGCGUAGGAGUCGAACAUCAUUGAAUCAAGUCGGCACCAGUGAUGAUAAACGAAAGGUUUGCAUUGUGUAGUAAGAAUCAAGCGGUAUAUUAUCAGUAUCUUUACUAUCAGAACCAAUGUUUUAAUUCAUCUUUGAAGGCGAGAUUAAAGAGUGAAGUUUUAGUAGAAUUUUACUUGUUGAGGACAGCAGGACACAGGGAGCCAAGGGUGUAUAUCAUGCCAGAG